AUGAAGUUUGCCAAGGAGCUCGAGAGAGAUGCUGUCCCAGAAUGGCGCAUCAAGUACCUCAACUAUAAGGCUGGCAAGAAGUACGUUAAAGCCGUCUCACGAGCACUCAAUAGAACACCGAGGGCAUCUGCAAACCGUACUCAGUCCUUGUUUCGAUCGAGCAACCAUGGCCGAACAUCAAUCUUGCCCACCUCAACGUCUGGCCCAGCUCCCCGGGCUUCAAAUCGAAGCAAUGGAUCUGCUACUCCUGGAUCAAAUCCCAUCCCAAUUGCUGCCCAAGCAGACGAGGACGAAGCAUUGAGAGGCGACGGCAACGACCUGCACUAUGGGAGCUUUGUGCCGACGCCGCCAAAUCAUAGCCCAUUGAGGCAAAGCGAGGACAAGGUCAGUCAUGACUUUGCAUUGCCGGCACCCGCCAUCAGUGCCUCCGACGCCUCGGGACUUUUGAGACCGACCACAACGAUGAAGAGUCGCAGCACAGUUCCCACACAACGACGGGCUUCAACGGCCGAUUCUGUGACUCCUAGGAAUGACACAGUCGAACAGUCUCCUGCGGCACGACGACGGUCAAUAACUGGAGGUGCCUUGGCAGAGUCGCCAUCACAAUUACGGCGAAUUCUUUCAAAUGCAUAUGGCCCAAUGAAACGAGAUAUGCCGUGGAUGGAUGGUGGGAUCAAUGAAUUUGACCUGGUGCGAGAGAGGGAAAGAGAAUUCUAUGCAUUUUUAGACUCGGAACUGGAAAAAGUCGAGUCCUUUUACAAGCUCAAGGAGGACCAAGCUGGGCAACGACUCGCUCUGUUACGAGAACAGCUUCAUGAAAUGCGAAACCGACGCAUUCGCGAAAUAGCCUCGAAUCAUGACAAUGACCCUGACAAUGGCCACUACACCGACGCCGAGAACUCCAAGGACAACCUCAAUGGAUGGGUUCAACCGCUCAAGGCUAAGAUCUUCCCGCCGGGACCCAACACCAAGGCGCUUCGGAACAUGCCCAACACACCAUACCUUCCAGCAAGCGCAUCAGCCGGUGAUGCAACGAGAGACUAUAGCAGGCGACGGCAAAAGGAGGACGUGUCGUAUCGAACGGCCAAGCGCAAGUUGAAAUUGGCUUUGCAGGAAUUCUACCGUGGGCUGGAACUUCUCAAGUCGUAUGCACUUCUGAAUCGGACUGCGUUUCACAAGCUCAACAAGAAGUUUGACAAGGCUGUUAAUGCCCGGCCGGCGUUGCGCUACAUGAAUGAAAAGGUCAACACGGCCUGGUUUGUGAAUAGUGACACUCUUGAUGGGCACAUCAAGGCAGUGGAAGAUCUGUACGCCCGGUACUUUGAACGUGGCAAUCACAAACUUGCGGCCGGCAAGCUCAGAAGUCUUUCGAAGCGCUCAAGAAGUGAAUCCGGAAGUUCAUUUAUCAACGGAUUUCUCAUUGGUUGCGGCCUUAUUUUCACUGUCGAGGGCUUGGUAUCCGGCUCACAGCUGCUUUUCGACAGCGAUGCCGACCUUCGAAUCCAAACCAGCUACCUACUGCAGUUAUACGCGGGAUACUUCCUCAUGCUCUUCAUGUUCUCCUUCUUUUGCAUCAAUUGUUUUAUAUGGACCAAAAACAAGAUCAACUACCGGUUUAUUUUCGAGUUUGACCAGCGAAGCGUGCUUGAUUGGCGGCGACUUGCAGAGUUCCCGAGCUUCUUUUUACUACUAUUCGGUAUUUUUAUGUGGAUGAACUUUAGCCGAUACGGUCCGGAUUGGCUCUAUACUUACUAUCCUGUGUUUUUGAUUUCCAUCACCGCCGCCAUUAUACUCUUCCCUGGACCGACGCUGUCUCACAAGAGCCGCUCAUGGUUUGUCUAUGCUCAUAAUAUCGAACUAUUCUUCUGUCUAUACGCCAACAAAUGGGACAACCCACCGCAAUGUAACUCGAAUCAUUCCCGGCUCUUAGGCUUCUUCAUGGCGCUGCCGCCCAUCUGGCGCUUGUUCCAAUGUAUCCGCAGAUACAAGGACACUUGCAAUGUGUUUCCCCAUCUUGUCAACGGCGGCAAGUACAUAAUGACCAUUAUAUCUACCGUGAUGCUCUCCCUGUACCGUAUCAACGGCACCCGCUCCAACCUAGCCCUCUACGUAGCAUUUUCCACCAUUAACGGUAUAUACGUCUCUAUAUGGGAUCUCUUCAUGGACUUUUCUCUCCUGCAAACUGACGCACGGCACUUUGCGUUGCGCGACAUCCUGGCCUUCAAACGCCGCUGGCCGUACUACUUCAUCAUGGUUGUCGACCCCUUGCUCCGUUUCGCGUGGAUCUUCUACGCCAUCUUCACCCACGACCUUCAGCACUCAACCCUAGUCGCCUUUGUCGUGUCCUUUGUCGAGAUUGUCCGCCGCGGACUGUGGGCUCUUUUCCGCGUUGAAAAUGAACACUGCGCCAACGUCUCCCAGUACAAGGCGUCCCGCGACGUCCCGCUCCCAUAUCGCAUUGAACCGCUCAUGGACCGCGCCAGUGAAGAAACGUCUCCUGUGUUGACGAGCGACGAGCCCAGGCACGAGUUGGCGCAGUCGACGGGCGGCUCUACGGCCGUGGCGUCGACACUGGGCGCGUUGCGCCGGCGCGCGGAUACGAUUAGCGCGCGGUCGUUUUCCAAGAUCCUUGCCGAGGCGCACAAACAGGAUUUUGUGAAGAGGCGCAAGCCAGGUGAAGCAGCGGAGGGCGAAGCCGUCGAGCAGAGCGACGACGAGGACGACGAGGAAGAUGAGGCCGAGGCAGCGAGCUUGUUGGAGGCCGGUGAGGCUAGAGGUUGA